GCUAGACAAAUCACUUCUACUCUUGACAGAGCCAUUUUUGUUGUGUAGGAUUCAAUAUGAUGCAAAAGAUUGUCAUUGAGGUGCAAAUGAGAAGCAGGAGACGUCGUGCCAAGGCCAUGAAGAUAGCUGCUGUCGCUGAUGGUGUUAAUUCAGUGGCUUUCAAUGAGGAAAAGAAAGACCAGAUGGUGAUAAUUGGAGAUGAAGUUGAUGCAGCUAGCUUAGCUCUCUCUUUGAGGAAGAAGGUUGGCCAUGCUACCUUAGUGAUUGUGGAAGAAAUAGUACUGGAAGAUAUAUGAUAAUUGACAGUGAAAAUAUUUCCAAAAAUAAAAUAGAGGAAGCAUAUAUAUCAUUUAUGCCAAUCGGCCUACAUGCAGGGAUACAAGCUUAUCAUCGAUUUGAUAUCAUGGCCAGCCCAAGCAUCUUCAUGUUGGUGGGAUCAUUUAUCCAUUGUGCUACAGAGCAGUUUUAUGGUUGAUUAUGUGUUGCUCUUCAAUAAAUGAUCACUUACAUAUAUUAUUUUUAGUUUUGUUUUAGUUGAUUGUGUGAUGUAUGAAAAUGCAUUAGGAAC